ACUAGUGAAUAAUUUAAGCCUUGUAUCUCUCUCUCUCUCUCUCUCUCUAACUACUUUUGUUGUGAGCUCUUUAUUCUCUUUGGUUUGCACACAAGCUUCUAUGAGAAAGUUUAUGUCUUUACUUUGUUGUUGCUCCUCUAGUUGCAGAUAAGUCUAGUUGGUCAAAAAUGGCGAGAAGCACAUCUGAGCCUGACAUCUUCACGGUUAUGUCUUCCGACCUCAACACUGAGACUCUGACAAUCCCACCACAUAUCCGAAACCGUAUGGUGAAUGAACUCUUUAAAAGGGCAACUUUCAAGCUAAAGAAUUCUACCUAUUGUGCAUGGAAUGUAAGAGUACAUAAAACUGAAGAAGGCGGUUUAUGUUUCAAGGAGGGCUGGGAGGAGUUUUUAUAUGAUAACUCCUUGGAUGGUAAGGGUGCCUUUGAGUUUCUGGUACUCGAAUAUGAUGGUAAAAUGCAUUUCAGCAUUCAGACAUACUUGAGCGUUCAGAUCGGAGCACUUGUUCGAAGUUCUCUUAGUUCAGGAUAUGCCCUUUCAAUAAAUCUGAGGAAUUCGCUGCAUUAUCCAGGUACCCCACUUUUAGAGUCAUUCUUAAAGGUGGUAAUUAUAUGGUUAUCCCCUCAAAGUUCAGAAAGAAGCAUCUUCCUUUGCGACAAUACACAUUCAUCCUGAAAAAUUCAG